UGGGUAAACUGGUGGAGCUGUAUGCGUGUUGUUUUCUGCUCCUCUACAGCAGGAGGCAUGACGGAGCUCCACCUCUCUUUAUUACCUCGAAGAAGUUUGAAAAUGGCGGCGGAUGAAACUCAGCUGUCAAAAUAUCUCUGUUCUUCUCCCUGAGGUUAGAUGAGUGACCAGCUCCAGCUGUAUCAUCAACUGCUGUUGGAAAGAUGGAGCCCAAUGCAAGCAAUGCAGGAUCGGUCAGCGCCGACCAGAGUGUCCUGCUCUCCAGAAUGGCACUUAAUGACAACAAGGCUGGUAUGGAGGGCCUGGACAGAGACAAAAUCAACAAGAUCAUCCUUGAGACGUCCAAGGGCUCCAGAUUCUAUGAGAACGAGUUGAAAAAGGAGCAGCAGGUAAACCAGUGUAUUGAAAAGAUAUUGCAGCAGAAAACUAAGCUCACUGAGCAGCAGAUUCAGAAUGCUCAAAUUGAGGUAGAGAAGCUGAGUGCGGAACUGGAAAGGGGUCGGAACCUGAGUCGGGUGAUUGUGCACGUGGACAUGGAUGCAUUUUAUGCUGCUGUGGAGAUGAGAGACUGUCCAGAACUGAAAGACAAGCCCAUGGCUGUGGGAUCCAUGAGCAUGCUGUCCACGUCCAACUACUACGCCAGGAGGUACGGUGUCCGUGCGGCCAUGCCAGGCUUCAUUGCCAAGAAACUGUGCCCAAAUUUGGUCAUUGUUCCACUCAACUUUGCCAAAUACAGAGCAGUGAGUGAACAGGUGCGGGAGGUUUUUGCCGAUUAUGAUCCUCACUUUCUGCCUAUGAGUUUAGAUGAAGCCUAUCUGGACAUCACUGACCAUCUGGAGCAGAGACAGCACUGGCCUGAGUCUAUGAGAACAUACCCUAUCAAUGAAGGAAAUUCUGAAGGAGAUAAACCCAGCACAGAGACUGAGGCAGAAACAGAUACUCUCUCCCCAGUCCUGUUUGAAGACAGUCCAACUGCUUCUCCUACAUUUCCAGUUCCUGGUGGAAAAGGGGAGGUUUUUGGGACAAGUCCUGAAGAGGCUGUGAGGGAGAUGCGCUUCAGAAUUGAACAAAAAACUUCAUUGACUGCAAGCGCAGGUAUCGCUCCAAAUAUGAUGCUUGCAAAAGUAUGCAGUGACAAGAACAAGCCCAAUGGACAGUACAGGAUUCCCCCUGAGAGACAGGCUGUGAUGGACUUUAUCCAAGACCUGCCUGUUCGGAAGGUUUCUGGGAUCGGGAAAGUGACGGAAAAGAUGCUGGCUGCUCUGGGAAUUGUGAGCUGUGCCCAACUUGCCCAGCAGAUGGCAAUGCUCUCCCUGCUCUUCUCUGACACAUCCUGGCACCAUUUCAUCCAAAUCUCACUUGGGCUCGGCUCUACUCACAUAGAGAGAGAUUCGGAGAGGAAAAGCAUGAGCACAGAAAGGACAUUUGCAGAGAUGAGCGACGCUGAGGAGCAGUAUUCUCUAUGCCGGGAUCUCUGUCAAGACUUAGCAAAGGACCUGCAGAAGGAGGGCCUUAAGGGCAAAACCGUCACCUUAAAAUUGAAGAAUGUGAAGUUUGAGGUGAAGACCAAAGCGUUCACUUUGCAGUGCGCUGUCUGCACUGAAGAGGAAAUUUUCACUGCUGCCAAAGAUCUUCUAAAGGCCGAGAUUGAUAACGUCAGCCCACAGCCACUGAGGCUGAGACUAAUGGGUGUUCGUGUCUCGAGCUUCGUCAGUGCUGAUGACAAACAGCCCCAGCAGAAGAGCAUAGUGGGAUUUCUAAAGAUGGGGUCAGAUACCAGCAGAUCAACACCAGCUCCCAGAGUUUUAGGAAUUUUACAAUCUGAAGUGAGUGGUGUGUCAGAAUCUAGCGUCAGUGCUCUAAAGCAACAAUCUGCAGACACCAGAGGUCCUUCGGUGGUGGUAGAGACCUCUAGACCUUUCAGUAAGUGGGGAAACGAAUCUGAAGGUGCCAGAGAACCUCAGCAACAGACCUUUUUCCAAAGGGCGCUUACGAAGAGGUUGCAGCAGCAACAGCAGCACCAGUCUGAGCAAGAACAUCAUUCUGUGUCUAUGGAUGAACCAUGUUCUACCACAGAACCCCAUACUUCUGGAUUUAUGAGACCAGCAAAUGCAGAAUCAUUGCAGACUUGUGGAGAAUCUUCAUCUAAAACAAAUACAGCAUCACGUGCAAAUGAGUCUACACACAUGGACACACAAUCAUCAACCAAAACAAAUAUGGAGCAGUGCUUCACAUGCCCUGUUUGCUUCAAAGAAAUAAAAACCACAGACCUCACAGCGUUCAACCAACACUUAGACGAGUGCCUUAAAGGCAGCAGUGCACUGAAUGAUAAUAGAACUUCCACAGAUAUAGAUCAGGAUCUGGAUGUCCACGGAAAAUACUUACACAUCCCGGAUCCAAUGGAACAAUUGGAUCAGCCAGGGUCUUCUCAUUCCACAGCCACCACAAAUCCAAGCUCAGAAAGCAGCAGCAGUAGUGCUGCACUAAAAACUUUGAGUAAUGGCAUGUUAAAAAAAACAAAUGGCAUGCCAACAAAGUUUGAGUUUGAAAAUAAUAAGAAUGCCAGUUUAACACCAUUUUUAAAAUGCUCUAAAGACUCUAAAGAUGAAAGUCGUUCACUCCCGCCCAAUGAGCCUCAUGUUCUCCUGAAAGACUCUGGAUCCAACGCCUUACCACAGAAUUCUACUCAUUCUGAUGAAGUUGGAAUAAAGACAGUGAAUGCGAAAAAAGUCUCCACUUUGACGUGUCCAGUGUGCAACCAGGCUCAGGAUACAGACGACCUCACUCUCUUCAACCAUCAUGUGGACAUGUGCCUUAACCAGGAGGUUUUGCUGGAGCUCAGAGAAUCUGUUCCUCCAGUAUCGCUAGGGAAGGCCAGAGAUAGUGAAAAGGCUCUGAGUGCAAGAGGAAAAAGCAAAAGGCGAGGAUCAUCUCCCAAUCCUCCUUCAAAGAAGAGCAAAGCCAUUAGCUCGAGACACACCAUUGACAAAUUCUUCAAGGGAAACAGCAGCCAGAAGUUUUAAAAGGAUUCAAGUCCAGCACAACUGUCUGUUAAAUAUAUUGGAGAAUAUUUAAAUGUAUAAUUCAUGUCGUUAAAUUUAUUCUUAUAAGUGAAAGGAUUUUAGUGUGUAAAUGUUUGUUGUGGAAUAAUGAAGAGAAGCCAUAUGAAAACUGUUUCUAAUUAUAAAUAUGAUUGUGUAUUUAUUGAAGCAAGGAUUGCAGUCAGCACUUUUGCGUCAUAUAUUUACUAUGAAUGAGUGAGAGGUGAGAAAACUGUGUGCUAUAAAGAAGCAAAUUAUUUUUCUUAAUUAUUUACUACUUUUUAAAAUAAUGCUGUUUUUUUAUGUAUGUUUGUGUUGCUGAGAUUAUAGGCACACAAAGCACUUUACAGUUCUUACGCAGUAUCAUCUAAACCCUAAUGAGAAAUAAAUAUUCAAUUUAUUGCUGUUCACAGACCAGUAGCCUUAGAAAAGACUUUCACUUUGUUUUGCUUGGCUGGUUCCAUCUGGCUUUCCCCCAGUAAUAAGCAAUACGUUUCUCCAGACGCUGUUAAAGCAGAUCAGUCGCAGUGUUCUGGUAAGAGGCAUCUACACAGAUGGAAAUACAGAAUAUGCAAACAUAAAGGAAAAUAAAGAAAGAAAAGGAGAGAUCAAGCUACUAUUUUAAGCCUAUCAGAUCAGUUAUACCUGAUAUAGACAUAGCAUUAAACCGCAGUAAAUAAAAGGAAGUUGUUUUAAGGUU